UUUCAAUAGAUGGCGCCAUGAGUGAAAUAAUUUACAGCGGAUGCCCUUCAAACGACAUUUAAAUCGUGUCCGUCGAUCCAGUGAGGUGUAGAUCCGAUUUUUCCGAAAAAGUAAAAAAAUUCUAGUAAACCACAAUGUCUAAAAUUGGUAUCAACGGAUUCGGUCGUAUCGGACGCCUCGUCUUGAGAGCGGCAGUCCAAAAAGGCGCCCAAGUAGUCGCCAUCAAUGACCCCUUCAUCACCGUUGACUACAUGGUCUACUUAUUCAAGUAUGACUCCACCCAUGGACGUUUCAAGGGCAGCGUCGGCAUCGAAGGCGGCAACUUGGUAGUCAACGGCCAAACAAUCCAAGUGUUCCAGGAAAGAGACCCCAAAGCGAUCCCCUGGGGCAAAGCUGGAGCUGAAUACAUUGUAGAAUCUACAGGUGUGUUUACUACAAUUGACAAAGCUUCAGCUCAUUUGGAAGGCGGUGCCAAAAAGGUCAUUAUUUCUGCUCCAUCGGCUGACGCUCCAAUGUACGUUUGUGGCGUCAAUCUUGAUAAAUACAAUCCAGCUGAUAAGGUUAUCUCCAACGCUUCUUGCACUACAAACUGUUUGGCUCCAUUAGCCAAAGUAGUUCACGAUAACUUUGAAAUCAUUGAAGGUUUAAUGACCACUGUUCAUGCCACUACUGCCACCCAAAAAACCGUAGAUGGACCUUCAGGUAAAUUGUGGAGAGAUGGACGUGGUGCCCAACAAAACAUCAUUCCAGCUGCCACUGGUGCUGCUAAAGCUGUUGGCAAAGUAAUUCCUGCUCUCAAUGGUAAAUUGACUGGUAUGGCAUUCAGAGUUCCAGUUGCCAACGUGUCUGUUGUUGAUUUGACUGUGAGAAUAGCCAAAGGUGCUUCUUAUGAUGAAAUCAAAAACAAGAUCAAAGAAGCAGCUGAAGGUCCACUCAAGGGAAUCUUGGGCUACACUGAUGAGCAAGUGGUGUCUUCUGACUUUAUCAGCGACGAUCACAGUUCUGUUUUCGAUGCUGCCGCUGGUAUUUCUUUGAACAACAAUUUUGUCAAGUUGAUUUCUUGGUACGAUAAUGAAUUUGGGUACUCAAACCGUGUCGUUGACUUGAUCAAGUACAUCCAAACUAAAGAUUAAGUAUUAAGUUAGGUUUAAAUCUCAGCAAAUUUCGAUGUUUCACAAUAAUAAUUAAGGCUCAAAGCCUCCAUGAUGUGUAUUUAUUUUGUAGAAUUUGUGAAUUGUUUUUAUUUAAUUAUUUAUGUCUUCAAAAGUACUAUAAACAGUUGUAGAACAGUUUUGGGUUUUAUUAUUCUCUUCAAGACCUUGGAAAACUUUGUAAUAAUAUCAAGAAAUUGGGAAUUAUGGGAUUUUUAAAACAGAAAAAUGUAA